AUGAUCGCGGAGCCCGGUCCUGAGGAUCAAGACGUCACACCCUUGCCAUCCUUUCGCAAGGACGGGUCAACGGUGACCGCUGCGGCGAAAAUGGACUUGGGGUUAGAAACAUGCUCAAUCCGCCCUGCAGCCUUAACCCUAGGGGCGUUGUGCAUGGCUGACGCCAAAGCUCCGAAGGUAGCGGGAGCGUCGUCUCAACCCGAAUCGGGAGACGAUUUCGUUGCAGCGAUCACGAGGGAAACUGCUGGCGAAGCAGCGCUCUGCAUGUCUCCGCCUGCCCCACCUUUGACAUUGGAGAGCACCAUCACGGUAGACACUGGAAGUCCGAAGACGGUUUUACGACUUGCACCUCCUCCAGCACAGCAUGGCCCCAAAACGGCGGCACCUGCGCUACCGUCCUGUCCACGCGCGCUUCCGAGGGAGGUCUUCACAUACGCCGAGAAGCAGGCACCAACAUGUUCAUCUCCGCCCGCGCCAAAGGCGUUGUCGGCGGUAGUAGCAGCGCACGCGAAAGGAGGGCCUCCGACAAGAGCGAUGCUUCCGUUCUUCGCGCUUCCAGCUCCUGAUGUUUGCAAAGAGAAGGAAGAGUCCCAGACGGCCGAAGCAAUACCGUCAACGACAUCUAGCGCAUCGUCCGCCGUCGACCGGAGCACUGACGUUGUGGCUCUCACAGACCGGGAACCUAUCGGACCGCUGCCAUCGGCACCCUCCGAGGAGGAUGAGGACGAGAAACCCUCUGCGGAACAAUCGUCCACGGAUGUUUGCCCCGUGCCAGCGGAUUUACGCGGCGAUUGGUGGCGUGGUUCCGCGGCGGGAGCCCAUCCGAAGGGGGCUGAGGCCGGUGAAGGCACAACCGCAAGCUUUCCGCCUCGCUCGGCCGUCAACGACGACGACCGUCACGACACCUGCACAGUGCCCGCCUCCUCGAAGCCACUGCUGUUGCUCGGGUACGGCGAUGGAUCAUCGCGGCAGCAGGAGGAAAUCUGCUUGCUAUCGCCUGAGGGCGAUGGUGGUAAGACGAGGGAGGAAGGCGAUACGGUGGCAGGGAGGUAUGGUAAGAACGUCGAGGGCGGCGGAGACAUGGGAGGCGAUGGCGGGAGGUCCGAGGAGGCUGCCAGCUGCGAAGCUCUCACCGCGCUCGAGGUUUUGGAGGCCGCCGAAGGGUUUCUCCCGCACAAGGCGACUUGCCCUGCCGAGCUCCCCGUUGACAAGGCGCGACUCGCUACGCCGACAACACGGCCCCUCGCGACGAUGCCGAUGACGUCUUGCUUACCGGCUGCCGAAGAAGAUUUAUUUCCGAGACCGUCCGGGCAGGUGUGCCACGCAAAGGAGGACGAGCAAGCGACUGGGGGCGACGGGAACAGGGGAGACUUCGACGCCAACAGCGAUGACGAUGACCACAGGGCCGAGAACAAGGAUGACCGCAGCACCGGCUUGAAGGCCCUCGUGCGAGAGUUCAACGCUUGGACGAGGACGGUGGACUUCCCGAUUCGAAAGGUUGAGGCAGGGCUGAUCGGGAACGGCAUGCGUCUGGGUUUGGUGGCGACGGAGGCGAUCCCCCAAGGGCAGACGUACCUCUCCGUCCCCGGAUCGAUCAUUUUGGAUGCGUCGAAGGCGAGGACCGACCCCGAGCUGGGCCCGCCGCUCGCCAGGCUAGAAGCAUCGCUUGGCCCCCUGGGCUUGUGGGACCAGGAUACAGACAGCCUACGGGUUUUGCUCAUCGCCGAGACCUUCGUUCGGGCGGACCUCUCCCCCUGGGCGCCAUAUCUUCGUCUUCUGCCGACGCUGAGCGAAAUGGAAGCAUACCACCCACUGUUCUUCGACAACGCGACGAUCGCCUCCUUCGAGGGCUCGGACGUCCAGGCCUCCUUGAGGGAGCGCCGCGAUUCGGAGAUGGCCGGCUUCACGACAAAGUUCGCCGUCGAGGGGUCCGCCGGCCGAGAGUUACAGGACGUGCUCGGUGUGGGGUGGAUAACCCUGGAGCGUUACCUUUGGGCCGCCGCGAUCGUGGACAGCCGCUGCAUCUGGUGGGGUGGACGGAAGCACCUAGUGCCCUUGCUAGAUCUCGUGAACGACGCCCGGGACAGUCCGUUGGAUUUCGUCCACGAAACUCUCCAAGACUCCGAUGGAAGCGCCGUUACAGCGGCUGCGAGAAACGUCGACAAAGGCGACCAGGUGAUGGAGGACUACGGCCACCCGAACCACGUUCUCAUUUUCGAGCACGGUUUUUCCUUCGGCCGAGAGAACCGCCACGACUGCGUGAGGAUCGACGCACAGCGGCCGCCCCGGCAUGGUGCCGACUACCGGGAGACGUUGAGGAGAGUGCUGGAGGCGUUCCCUAUGGGCAGGCCUAUGUUCUGCAUCUCUCUCCGCAGCAACGGGCCCUUCGACUUCGUCCCUUACGUCCGCAUCAUGGCGGGCCUUCCCGCUGUCGCCGAUCAACAACGCCUCGUUCCAAACGACUACGACCGCGGUAGCUGUUCGUCUUCUAUCGGCUUCGCUUCGGCCGACACCGACUACGGCGAAGACAGUCACUUCCCUUUCAUGCCCGUGACACGAAUGGACUACGAUGAAGAACCCCGCGCCCGUUCGUCAAAAACAGAGGAAACGUGGCCUGGCCGGGCUCCGUCGGAUGGUGGUUCUGGUGUUCACGAGCGCUGGCAAUCCCUCUCCAAUGACGCGGAAGGCCUGAGGGCAGUCGUCCAUGCGUUGAAGCUUCGGUUGUCAGGUUAUCCGACGGCGGUUCCGCUCGGCCUCGCUGAUGACGGGGGCGAAGUGGUGAUCGGCAGUGGUGGGGACGCCGAAGAGAGUGUAGGCCGCGCGGCGUCCGAUCCCAGCCACGGCAAGGUUCCUUCCUGUACGACGGAGGUGUUUUUGGACAGCGAGAAGUACCUGCUGGGGGAGCUCCACGACUACCUCGCGGCGUUUCUUCCUCCCACCGUUGACGUCUUGGCCGCACCCCACGGAGGCGUUACCCAAAACAAUGAUAGCAGGAGCGAUGGCAAGACCCCCAACAUCAAGUCGUCAGCUGAAACUGGAACGGGAAAACACGGCUGCGUGUCGAGGAAGGGCGACGCCGAUGCAUGCGUUUAAGGCACCGACAACGGCAACGCCGGCCACGGCCAAGCCGAUCUGGCAUCGAACUCGUGAUGCGGAGGAGCUUGUACGGACGGUCGAGCGAAGGGCGACUAUAUAGCCGCUGGUGCACGGUUGCCCCACAAAGUCAAACGAAAGGGGCUGACACCGAUAUCAAGCUGCUUAGUUAUGCUGCUGCUCGUAGCGAGCAUCCCGCACUUAAUGGUGGGAUAUGCUGUGGACAGCUACCAUCUACAGCUUCCCGCGAAGUGUUGCUCCGUUGCAAUUGUUUUGGCUUCGUUUU